UGUUGAUAAGAGGUUGCGGCCUACCACUGAUUUCUUGAAAUCUUCCGUUGGUCUCACUGAGGAUGGCAUCCAGUCGUUGGUCAUGAAUUUUCCGCAACUUGUGUGCAGAGACGUUACCAAGGUUCUCAAACCAAAUUAUGAUUAUCUCAAGGAGUGUGGGUUUAGAGAUGCCCAGAUAGCAACCAUGGUGUCUGGUUGUCCCCCAAUUUUGAUUAAGAGUAUUAAGAAUUCACUACAACCUAGGAUCAGAUUCCUAGUCCAGGUGAUGGGAAGAGGCAUUGAUGAAGUGGCUUCUUAUCCUGAAUUCUUUCACCAUGGAUUAAAGAAGAAGGUAGAAUCACGGUUUAAACUUGUCAAAAGGAACAACAUUGACUGCAGCCUUAGAGAAAUGCUCGACUGUAGCUCAAAGAAAUUUCAUGUCAAGUUUGGCUUUUCAGAGCACCUGACAAACAAAAUAGGAAUCUGCGUAGCUUAACUGCAGAACAGAAUAUGCUGCACGCAGCUCAAUGCAGUCGACCAGAUAGCUGAAAGUAUGGGAAGGUGAAAAGCAUAGACAGCUGUUUCUUGAUCUUCACUACUCCGAGUAUUACAGAGUAUCAAAAUAAUGUUGUGAACAAUUGCACUAUGCUGGUGGUGGACCCUGUCAUAUAGUAUUGGAGAGGGCCGUCAAGCGAAAUCCACUAUGCUCUCUUUUGGAUGUCACGAACAUUUCAUUCUGACAACCAGAUUUUGUGACGGUCAAACUUGAAAUUCUGGUUGCUUCGAAUGCUCCUUUUCACGGUUGUAAUAAUCGUAUUUUGGUUCCCCCUUUGGAUCGGCCGACUCAAAAAAAAAAAAAAAAAACUUUUUUAAGUCUGAGAGCCCAAAUAUCAAUUUUACCAAAGGGCCCAAAGUUAAAGGACCAGGCCUGCCUACAAAGUCGCUACUUUGGUUUCCUAUAAACUGCUUGCCGUUUUAGAUUUUUAGACAAAACCGUCCAUCACCGAGUUUGGAUCCAACACAGCAAGAGAACACGAGUACUAAACUCCGUCGGGUCGCGGAAGCCAUUGAUUCAGUUACCAGUUACUACAACAGUACAAGCUUAGGGUUUGAACUUUUAAAGUGGGUGGGUUGUGACCUUGCCAAAACCGGAAGAGGGAUUGAAGAUAUCUUGUUUAUAAUCGCAGUGGCAGGGAUAAGGAGCAAGUAAGGAUGAGCGAGAGGACCCUGGGAAGCGGGGUCGAGCAUGUAUUGAACUAUCUGAAACGUAGGCAGCUCGAGAAUCCUGGUUUCUUGUACGCAAUGGAGGACGACUGUGGGAAUGUAUUUUGGGCGGAUCCAACUUGCAGGUUGAAUUACACCUACUUUGGUGAUACCGUAGUUUUUGACACCAUGUACAGGAGGGGUAAGAGGUACCAAGUGCCAUUUGCUGCCUUCACCGGGUUUAACCAUCAUGGGCAGCCUCUUCUUUUUGGUUGUGCUCUCAUUCUCAACGAGUCUGAGUCCUCCUUUGCUUGGCUUUUCCAUACUUGGCUUCAAGCAAUGUCUGCUCCCCCUCCUCCUUCUAUUACAGUUGAACCAGAUCGGCUGAUACAGGUUGCUGUUUCUCAAGUUUUCUGUCAGACCCGCCUUCGUUUCAGCCAGCCCCUCAUCUUCAAGGAAACUGAGGAGAAACUCGCUCACCUCUAUCAGUCGCAUCCUAGCUUUGAAUCCGAAUUUAUAAACUGCGUUACUGAGACAGAAACGGCUGCCGAGUUUGAGGCAUCUUGGGACAUUCUCGUCAGAAGAUAUUAUCUACAGGAUAACGACUGGCUUCAGUCCAUUUAUAAUGCUAGGCAACAAUGGGUCCGUGUCUUCAUCCGAGACGCCUUUUAUGGGGAGCUGUCUACAAAUGAAGAGAGCAGCAGUUUGAACUCAUUCUUCCAAGGGUUUGUAGAUGCAUCAACUACGAUGCAAACGCUCAUACAACAGCAUGAUAAAGCAAUUGAUAGCUGGCGUGAGAAAGAACUGAAAGCAGAUUAUGAAGCAAUUCACUCUACUCCAGUUAUGAAAACUCCCUCUCCCAUGGAAAAGCAAGCUGCUAGCCUGUAUACAAGGGCAGCGUUCAACAAGUUCCAGGACGAGUUUGUUGAGACCCUUGCAAAUCCUGCAAGUAGGAUUAGUGAUUCAGGAACUCACACCACUUACCGUGUGGCUAAGUUCGGAGAAGUUCACAAAGGUCAUACGGUCAAUUUUGACGCUCUUGAGGUGAAAGCUAUUUGCAGCUGUCAAAUGUUUGAGUAUUCAGGGAUUAUUUGUAGACACAUAUUGGCGGUGUUCAGGGCCAAUAACGUUUCUACUCUUCCAUCUCGGUAUCUGCUGAGGCGAUGGACCAAAUCAGCAAAGACUAGAGGCAUUGAGGAACAACCCGAGUUUUCAAACAGUUGUCAAGAAUCUUUAACCGUCUGCUUCAACAAUCUACGCCAAGAAGCAACCAAGUAUGUGGAGGAGGGCGCCAAAUCUAUUCAGAUUUAUAAAGUUGCGAUGGAUGCCUUGGAUGAAGCUGCCAAGAAGGUUGUUGCUGCAAGUAACAAAUUUAGAGGAGCAACACCUGGAACUACACUUCCCAACGGCGAUCCAUACCCGUCUGAGGAAGCUCGAGAAACUACAAGUGCAAUGAAUCUUCCAGGGGAGAGGACAAUACUUGAACUGACAACUGAAUUGGAGAGGACAGGCCAGCGAUGCGAAGUUUAUCGAGCAAACCUGCUGUCUAUUUUGAGAGAUAUGGAAGAACAGAAGUUUCAGCUUUCCCUCAAGGUACAAACUGCGAGACUAAGCUUGAAAGAGUGAGUGCUACCUGCUGGAUACAUAACAUCACAAGCUUAUGCUGUUUGGUAUUGCAAACAUUUAUGGGAAUCAACUUCGUCUCUUACUCAUUAUGAAAUGAUUGGGAGUACUUAUUGCAAAGGCUGCCUACUGUGUAAUAGGGAAAUCCUGAAAAUUGGGUCCCUUUUUCAAAAACGCUAAGAUAUUGUACAAUGUAAUGAGCAAUCAGAUGAAAAGCCAAAUAAUUUAAUUAAUAGAAUAGCAGUUGGAACAUGUCACUUAUUUCA